AUGUUUCUGUUGAGAUUAAGGUACGCUCUCUCUCUUCAGUCUUCCAACUUGUUUGUUAUUCGAUUCUUCUCUCACAGUCACAACCCUGUUGCUGUUGCUGUUGAUGAUGCUGUUUUCUCAUUCAAUCGCAUGCUCAAUACAAACCCUACCCCUCCCAUCUUUGAAUUCGGUAAGAUACUAUCUUCCCUUGUUAAGAUCCAACAUUUUCAAACUGUUAUUUCCCUUUCUCAACAAAUGCAACUUCGACGAAUUCGAACCGACAUUGUUAAUUUAAGCAUCUUGAUUAACUGUUUCUGUCACCUUCAUCAAGUCAAUUUUGUAUUUUCUGUAUUCGCCAACAUUCUCAAGCUAGGUUUUCACCCUUAUUGA